UAUAUAUAAUCUCUCUCCGUUGCUUUGUUUAAGUAAAACGCAGCUCUUUAGACAUCUUUCGCUUUCUCCUUCCCUGCCAUGGCGAAGCUUCUCCAGAACGAGGCCUUCUUCGUUCUCUCCAUCCUCUUACAGGCUCUUCAAAUAGCAAACUCCCAGUCAUUUAUCGGCGUGAAUUAUGGGCAAGUCGCCGACAACCUCCCCCCACCUGCGGCGACGGCAAAACUGCUCCAGUCCACCUCGAUCGGAAAAGUCAGGCUGUACGGCGCCGACCCAGCUAUCAUCAAAGCUCUGGCCAACACCGGAAUCGGCAUCGCCAUUGGCGCAGCGAACGGCGACAUACCCCCGUUGGCCUCCGACCCCAACUUCGCGAAGCAAUGGAUCGGCUCCAACGUCCUCCCCUACUACCCUGCCAGCAACAUCAUCGUGAUCAACGUCGGCAACGAGGUAAUGACGUCCGGAGACCAGAAUCUGAUAUCGAAGCUAUUGCCGGCGAUGCAAAACAUGCAGAAUGCCCUCGAAGCAGCAACUCUAGGCGGCAAGGUCAAGGUAUCGACCGUUCAUUCCAUGGCGGUGCUCAGACAGUCGGAGCCACCGUCUUCCGGAAUGUUCCAUCCCCAGUACGUCGAUACGCUGAAAGCCAUGUUAGGGUUUCUGAAGGACACGGGUUCGCCUUUCACCAUCAACCCAUAUCCAUUCUUCGCGUAUCAGAGCGAUCCGAGACCGGAAACUCUGGCCUUCUGUCUUUUCCAGCCGAACGCGGGGCGAUUCGACUCAGGGACGAACAUCAAGUACAUGAAUAUGUUCGACGCCCAGGUUGAUGGCGUCCGAUCUGCAUUGGUCAGGCUGGGAUUCGAGGUAGAGAUCGCGGUGGCGGAGACAGGGUGGCCGUACAAAGGAGACAGCAACGAGGUGGGUCCCAGCAUGGAGAACGCAAAGGCUUACAAUGGUAAUUUGAUCAAUCACCUGAGGUCUAUGGUGGGAACUCCACUGAUGCCGGGAAAGUCCAUUGAUACUUACCUGUUUGCGCUGUACGAUGAGGAUUUGAAGCCCGGGCCGGGUUCGGAGCGGGCUUUCGGCCUUUUCAAACCCGAUCUCACCAUGACUUAUGAUGUGGGUCUCUCCAAGAGCAACCAGCAGACUCCAGCAACUCCAACUCCAACUCCAACAACCCCUGUAAAUCCAUCUCCACAAUCAAAGAUGACAGUAUGGUGUGUGCCCAAAGAUGGCAUUUCCGAAGCCCAACUGCAGGCAAAUCUUGACUAUGCUUGUGGCCAAGGCAUCGACUGCAGUCCGCUCCAACCGGGUGGCGCUUGUUAUGAACCCAACACCGUGGCUUCCCAUGCUGCUUUUGCCAUGAAUCUCUUCUACCAAAAGUCUGCACGCAAUCCUUUGAACUGUGAUUUUUCACAGACCGCAACACUUACAUCCAAUAAUCCCAGUUAUAAUUCUUGCAUCUACCUUGGUGGGAGUAGCUGAAUAGUAGAGGAGCUUUUUCUUGGAUUGUUAAAAGCUAAAAGAAGAGGAAUACCUCUAAUGUGGUCGUGUAUAUCAUAUAUAUACCCUCCUUUAAAAUUGAUGGAAGAUCGCUCUCUCUAGCUAUAUGUAUUAAGGACAAUGUUUUAUUUAUAUUUGUAGCAGUGUUUAUGUAUGUUAUAUGUGAGAAGUGAGAGGGCUCUUCAUAUUGUCCAAAUUUCAAUCAA